UUUUUUUUAUUUUUAAAUUGCGAUUAUGAUUUUACAAUUAAUUUUUCAUUUAAUGGCUUUGACUGUAACGGGUUUUGGUAUAUUUUAUGAUUUCAAUUAUAUAAAAUUUCCGGUCAGCAAUUUUCAAUGGCAUCAUAAAUUUGGUGGUAAAUUUAAAUUUUUAUCCAUACAAAAUAUGUUUAUACAAUAUGGCUAUUUUUUAAUCUCACUUAUACGAGAUAUUAUUACAGGCUGUUUGAAUAAGGAAUUAAUAGAAUCUUUGACUGCCUAUAUGGAUAUAUAUUUUGCCGGUUUAGCAUUUCCUUUGGCCGUAUUUGUAAGCAUUAAUUUUUGGGUUUUAUAUUUAACUAAAAAAGAUGCUAUAUUUCCACAAUCUUUUGAUGCAGUUGUACCCUAUUGGCAUUUACAUAUUUUACAUACAAAUGUUAUGCUAUUAAUGUUUUCGGAAAUGUUUUUGGUGUUUCGUGAAUAUCCAGAAUUCUGUUCGGGUUUAAUGAUAAUUUUAUCAUAUAUCUUGUGCUAUAUCCUGUGGUUGUAUUGUAUCAAAUAUUUUGCUGGUUUUUGGGUUUAUCCUUUGUUGAAUGAUAAAAGUCUUAAAGAAUUGUAUACAUAUUUCGGUAGUGCUUUCGGACAAGUGAUUAUAAUUUAUAUGUUGGGUGAAAUUCUUAAUAAUGCCAUAUGGUCAUAUGAAUUAAUACACAAGACGUGUGUGAGAUGUGUUUGAAAAAAAAUUUUAAAGUAAUUUUUAAAUAAAUUAUCUGUUUUUGUUUAUAAAUCUUUUAUUUCUUUUUUUUAAUUUUUUA